UCUCUCUCCCGAACGCUUGAAACGCGACAUGGCACUUCGUUCAGAGGCUGUCGUCGGCCAGUGUACAGUAAUCACUUCCUGUCUCCGUACUGGUGUGGUGUGGAUUCGUGUGCUGGGGUGGAAGGAGCGACGCAGACACGGACACGCGCACGCACGCACGCACACUCAACAGCAGCAGCAGUGAGAGCCCCUUGUCAUCAAGCAAGGUGCACAGCUAGCUGUCACGCAGCUCACCCCGAAAAAACAACAGCACCUGCGGACAGGGGAAGUUCGUGGGAGGACUGUUGAUCCACAGCCAAUCACAUGAAGCCGCUUAAAUCUGAAAUUUUUCACCUGCACGAAGUUUCCAGGAAACUUUCUUGUCUCAAAAUCUGCUUCCUUAAACCGGAAAAUGUGGAGCCCCAGUCCGAAACUGUGUAUUUCCUACAGAAUUCUGUCAAGUUUAAUCUCUCCAACACUUGA